AUGGGAUCUCUUCCAAACGUUGCAUCGCCUGAUUCAAGUUCGACAAAUCUAUGCACGAUUGAACAUGAUUCCUUAUCUAAACAAAUGAAAACAUUUUUUGAGUUAGAAGAUGUACCUGACAUGAUUGUGUCGGAAAACGAUUAUUGCGAACAGUUCUAUACGUCCACCACAGUACGGAAUUUCGAUGGACGUUACGUGGUCGCAUUACCAUUUCAUGACAACGUUAAUGUAAAUUUUCAGAAAUCAUAUGAACUCGCGCAUAAGCGUUAUUGUAUUUUAGAACAAAAAUUUCGGAAAUCUUUUGAAUUCCAUAAACAAUAUUCAGAAGUAAUUCAAGAUUAUUUACAACGAAAACACAUGUCAUUUUUAGGCCAUGUAAAUGAUUCCGCAGCCAAUGAAGGGUAUUAUAUUCCACAUUUUGCCGUGAUUAAAGACAGCUCAUCCACACCGUUACGAAUUGUAUUUGAUGCAUCAGCAAAGAAUGCUGAAUUUCCUUCCCUGAAUGCCAACCUAUUUUCCGGGCCAAAGCUACAGUCUAACAUUAUCACAAUUCUUCUUAACUUUCGUUUUGGCGAAAUUGCUUUAACGGCCGAUAUUAAACAGAUGUACAGAAAUAUAUUAAUUCGUGAUCAAGAUAGACGAUUUCAAAGGAUACUUUGGAGAUUUUCUACGGAAGAUCCCCUCGGCAUUUAUGAAUUAAACACUGUCACGUUUGGUAUUACGUCAUCUCCUUUUCAUGCGUUACGCAUUAUUAAACAACUAGCUAAAGAUGAGAGCAAAAAUUACCCCUUAGCCACUGAUAUAAUGCAAAACGAUAUUUAUAUCGACGACGUGGUUACUAGUGCAGACACCGUCGAAAUCGCAAAACAACUUUACGUUCAAUUGUCGAGUUUGUUCCGUUCCGCGUGUUUUGAACUAGCGAAGUGGGCUUCGAAUGAUCGUCUAAUGUAUAAACAAUUUGAAUCACACCAUAAAACACAAAUUAAUUUUUCACAAACAAUCUCUGAAUUUGAUACUUCUGUUAAAGUAUUGGGAUUGAGAUGGGAUCCAAUUCAAGAUUGUUUUAAAUUUAAUAUCAACCUUCUCCAUCAAAAUAGGACAAAACGUCAUAUAUUAUCCACCAUUGCUCGUAUUUGGGAUCCCUUAGGUUUCAUUACGCCUAUUACCAUCAAAUUCAAAAUGAUCAUGAAAGAACUAUGGUUAUUAAAAUUGGAUUGGGAUGAGCCAUUACCUUCCUCGUUAGUUGCAACAUGGCUUAGUAUUUAUAAUCAACUUCCAGAAUUAAUUAAUCUUUCCAUUCCUCGAUUUGUAGGUACCAAAAAUUAUAUUCGUUGUUCUCUUUACGGUUUUGCGGAUAGUUCAGAAAAGGCUUAUGGAGCUGUGAUUUAUAUCAAGCCUUGCGAUGAUAAUAAAUAUUACCUUCUUAUUUCAAAAUCAAAAAUUACUCCAAUUAAAGUUCAAACUUUAGCUAGGUUAGAGUUGUGUGCGGCGCAUUUAUUAGCAAAAUUAUUAUCCUUUGUCAUAUCUUCCAAUCAUCAUUCUUUAUGUAUCGAAGAAAUAUAUGGUUUUACGGACUCGAUGAUUGUGCUUCAUUGGUUAACAGGACCAGCUCAUAGAUGGAAAACUUUUGUCGCAAAUAGAGUAACGAAAGUUCAUGAUUUACUUCCUUCUGCCAAGUGGUAUCAUAUUCCUUCCGAGGCAAAUAUUGCCGAUUGUGUUUCUCGUGGUUCAUUACCAAAUACAUUGCUUAAUAAUAGUAAUUGGUACACAGGUCCCUCAUGGCUUUACUCUCACAGAAGUCAUUGGCCCAUACGUUCUACGUUAGAUUCCAUGCAAAAUGUUCCAGAAGAAAAAGUUUCAUCUUGCUUAGUGGCAAACUCCUGUAAAAAUGAUCUAUACGAAUUUACUUCCACUAUAUCUUCAUGGGCCAGACUAUGCAGAAUAUUUGUAUUUAUUUUACGUUUCUGCGUAAUUAUUCCAUCUAGAAGUGAAAUAUAUUUUUCAGAUUUCAACAAAGCCGAAUUAACUAUAAUCAAACUUAUCCAACAAAUCUAUUUUUUCGAAGAAAUUGAUUGUUUGAAAAUGAACAAGUUUCCUAAAAGGUAUCGGACUUUACGACUAUUUUUACAUGAUGGGUUCUUAAGAGUUGGUGGACGUUUAACACAUGCUAACCUGGAUUUUGAUCAUAAAUUUCCCUUGCUUUUACCCAAAAAGGAUCACGUGAUAAAUUUAAUAAUUGAUUAUUAUCAUGAGAAACAUUUACAUGCUGGUCCACAUUUACUCACCUCCAUUCUUCGUCAAAGAUACUGGAUUUUAUCCAUUCGCAGUAUUGUACGCCAACGUAUUCAUAAAUGCAAUAAGUGCUUUAGGAGUAAUCCUAAAUCCUUUACUCCUAUUAUGGCUGAUUUACCUUCUCCUCGUGUUAUGGAGGCAAAACCUUUUCAGCACACUGGUACUGACUAUGCUGGUCCCUUUCGCGUAACCAUGGGAAAAUUUAGGGGCGUAAAAAGUUCAAAAGCAUAUAUUUGUUUAUUUAUUUGUUUUUCCACAAAGGCAAUACAUAUUGUGCUUGCCUCCGAUUUAACCACUUCGACGUUUUUAAAUUGUUUUAAGCGCUUUAUUUCACGAAGAGGUCCAGUUUCUUGUCUGUAUUCAGAUCGCGGAACAAAUUUCGUUGGUGCCAAAUCAGAACUGAAAGAUAUAUUUCAGCUUAUUAACUCAAAAUCAUUUAGUGCAUCAUUAAACUCCGAACUUCACAAGCAUAAUAUCAAUUGGUCUUUCAAUCCGCCAGCCGCACCCCACUUCGGGGGUUUGUGGGAGUCCAACAUAAAAUCUAUAAAAGCGCAUUUAUAUCGAGUAAUAGGUGAACAAAUUCUUACUUACGAGGAAUUAAAUACCGUGUUAAUCCAAAUUGAGGCGCUUCUCAAUUCUCGACCAUUAUGUUGGAUGAGUUCCGAUCCAAGUGAUCCCCAACCUCUUACGCCAGCUCAUUUCCUCACUUUAACUCCCUUAAACAUCCUUCCAUCAAAAAACAUAUUGCAAAUAGAUUUACCGACGCGAAAACAAUUAAUUGAUAAAAUAAUACAAUCUUACUGGAAGAGAUGGCAUUCUGAAUAUUUAAGUGAUUUACAAUCACGUCAAAAGUGGAACACCCCUUCUCUCCCGGCUAAAAAGGGUAUGUUAGUUCUAAUCAAAAAUGAAAAUUUGCCUCCUCUUCAAUGGUCCAUGGGGGUUAUUGAAGACGUUUUUCCUGGAAAAGACGGAGAGGUGCGCACAGCUUUAGUAAGAACCAGGGCUACGUUAUUGAAACGCCCUGUAGUAAAGCUCUGCCCCCUACCUACACAGUAA